CGCGCGCUCAGCAUCCCCAGUCUCCAGGCUGGCGGGCGAGCGGGCGGCUCUAGCAGCGUGAGCGUCACGGGGAACCUUAGCUUUUCCGAGUCGCUCUGCUCUCUUCCAGGCUCGGUCCGGUGAUCGGCAUGGCCCGUGGAAAUCAACGAGAACUUGCCCGCCAGAAAAAUAUGAAAAAAACCCAGGAAAUUAGCAAGGGCAAAAGAAAAGAGGAUAGCUUGACUACCUCUCAGAGAAAGCAGAGGGACUCUGAGAUCAUGCAGCAAAAGCAGAAGGCAGCCAAUGAGAAGAAGUCUAUGCAGCCGAGAGAAAAAUGAUGAUGGACUUUCAGAAAACCUGGGUGCUAUUGCCAUUGGGGUGCAUCAUAAACACUAAGAUCAGAAUUUCUCAGAGUGACUAAUCACUAUAUGACUUAUAACUUAUCCGUAUAAAAGGUCUAUUUUAAACUUUACUUUUUAGCUCAGUGUGAUGUUUAGAAGCAUUCUUUAAUGAAUAAAAUGCUAACCAUGUAUGUGA